CCCAGCAGUACACUCUGUAUAGAGCCUUACCCUUCCUCUGCUAAUCACACAGCUCUGUUUCUCUUAGGCUGCUCAGAGCCUGCUGGCUCCCUGCACACACACUGUGCCAAUUAAGGACCACACAGCCUGAAGUCCUCAUGCAAAAGUCUGUGCAGAGAAAGCCAGUAAGAUCUUGUCGAAGGUAAUUGGAUCACCAUCUACAAGAUGGAGAAGGAGGAUGAAGAAACACGGGAGCUUUUGCUCCCCAACUGGAAGGGAAGCGGAUCUAUGGGUUUAACGCUAGAUAAGAAUGAUGAGGGAGUUUUCGUAAAGCAGUUGGUGCAGAAUUCUCCGGCAGCUAAAACAGGAGUCGUACAUGAAGGUGACCAGAUUGUAGGCGCUACUGUCUACUUUGACAAUAUGUCAUCCGAAGACAUUGAGAGACUACUGGCAAAUGUAGGGCACCAUACAGUGGGGCUCAAACUACAGAGAAAAGGGGAUCGAUCACCUCAACCUGGCAUGACCUGGUCCCAUGACGUCUUCAGUCUGAAAAGCCCAGAUGUUGUUCUGAGUGGUGAUGACGAAGAAUACAGACGAAUUUAUGCAAAGAAGAUUAAGCCACGUCUUAAAUCAGAGGAGUUUCUGGAUACAGAGACACAAACAAGGACAAUCACUGUUACGAGGAAGGUGACUGCUUACACAGUUGAUGUGACUGGAGCUAAAGACUCCAAGGAAAUUGAUAUCAGCAGCCCUGAAUACAAGAUCAAGAUUCCGAGGCAUGAGAUAACAGAGAUAUCUAAAACUAGUGUGGCAUCUGAUGAGGGCAAAACAGUGAUCAAAAUCCCAGGUGCUGAUGGGAAAACUAUUCAGACUGGAGGAGAGUACAGACAUACAAGCACUGGGCCAGGAGUUUCCCCUCAAGGAGAUUAUUUAAGCUCCUUUAGCACCACCAACGUCAGGUACCAAGAACAAAGUGGUGGAAUAUUUGAGUUUCCUGGAAUACGCAGUAAUGCAAACUUCAGGAUGGGCAGUGGGGUCUCCACAGAUGUUGAUGUUUCAAAUAUUAGUGUUUCUGACUCAAAAUCAAAGAGUUACGAGACAAAAAUUGAUGUGAAGAGUUCCAGGAUUGAAGGAGAUCAUGGCAUUACUUUUAGAGGUCCCAGUCUUGCUGGAGCAACAUCUAUGGACAUAGAUCUUAAAGGUGUUGCAGCCCCACAAACAGAUGUCAACCUUUCUUCUCAAUUAACCCAAGCAGAAACAUCUUUGCCAACAGUUUCUGAAGGGAAUAUCACUGGAGAUAUUCAAGCACCAGGAAUUAACAACACGGGGUCAGAGGGGGAUGGAAAGAUAACAAUGCCUAGAUUUCAGAUGCCAAAAUUUGGAAUAUCAGGAACAAAGAUGGAAAUCACAGACAGUCAUAUGUUAGAGUCCCAAAGUCCUUCUGGGAAUGUUAAAUUACCACCAUUUAAAAUGCCAAAUUAUAGUUUCACUGGAACUGCGGAUAGCAAUGCAGAAGGUGGCUCAAGAUAUCAAGAAGCAAUUAUAGAGACUACUUUCACAGCUCCUGAUGUUCGGUUAGAUGGCUCGCAGGGUAAGAUUCAGACUCCUAGUUUUGAUGUAAAAGCUUCCAAAUUUGGCAUUUCCAGUUCUAAAAUAGAAGGUCCAGAGAUGAAUUUUGGUGUAACAAAAGGUGAUCUUUCAGGUCCAACAAUAGAUAUUAAGGGUUUAGGUGGCUCCACAUGUAAAGUGCCAUCAAUUGAUAGGAGUUUACCCAAUGUAUCAUUGUCAAAUGCUAAUCUUAAUCUGAAAAGUCCAAAGUUGGAAGGGGAACCUACAAUGUCUAUGAAUAUCAAAGGGGAAGGUGCUGAUAUGAUGGUACCAGAUGCAAGUAUGAAAGUCCCAGAAGGAAAGCUAAAAAUGCCUACAUUUAAGAUGCCUAAGUUUGGUAUUUCAGGGCCCAAAGGUGAAGGUGCAGAUUUAGAUGUUAAACUUCCAAAAGGAGACCUUGAAAUAUCAGGUGGAAAAGUAGAUAUAAAAACUCCAGAAAUUAAUGUUGAUGGUAACCUUCAAAGCCAAAAAUUUAAAAUGCCAUCAAUGAAUGUUGACUUACCAAAGGUUUCUAUGCCUGAUGUUGAUUUAAGUGUAAAAGGUCCCAAAUGGGGGAAGGGAGAGACAGACAUAACUGUUCCUAAAAAAGGAGAUUGUAAAGGCCCCAAAGUAGAUAUCAAAGGACCAAAUAUUGAUAUAGGCAUUGGGGGCACAGAGGGAAAUGUGACAGGUUCCAAAUUUACGAUGCCCUCAAUGAAUGUUGACUCACCAAAAAUGUCCAUGCCUGAUAUUGACCUUAAUUUGAAAGGUUCUAAAUUUGAAGGCCCCAAAGGUGAUAUAAAGGGUCCCGAUGUUGAACUUGAAGGGUCUGAUGGAAUUCUAAAAAUGCCAAAAUUUAAAAUGCCAAAAUUUGGUAUUUCUGGGCAUAGAAUUGAAGGCCGUGAUGUAGAUGUUAAAAUUCCAAAAGCUGACAUUGAAAUAUCAGGUCCACAAGGUAAUAUUCAGGCUUCAGAGUUAGAAUUUAAAGUUCCAGAAGCAAAGGUGACAGGUCAAAAGUAUAAGAUGCCAUCAAUGAAUGUUAACUUGCCAGAAGCGUCCAUGUCAGAUGUUGACCUCAAUCUUAAAGGUCCAAAGUGGAAGGGAUCAGUUGAUAUCUCAGGUUCUAAAUUAGAAGGUGAUAUAAAAGUUCCAGAAUUAGAUGUAAAAGGUCCAGAUGUUAAUCUUAAGGCUCCAGACAUUAACAUUCAGGGUUCAGAGGAUAAACUAAACAUGCCUACAUUUAAAAUGCCCAAAUUUGGUAUUUCAUCAUCUAAAAUAGAAGGGCCUGAAAUAGAUGUUAAUCUCCCAAAAGGUAAGAUUGAUUUAGCAGGUCCAAAAGUUGACAUUGCAACUCCAGAGAUAGAUAUUGAAAGUCCAGAGGUUAAGGUGAAGGGUGCUAAAUUUAAAAUGCCAUCAAUGAAUGUAAAUUUACCUAACGUGUCCAUGCCAGAUGCGGACCUAAAUUUAAAAAGUCCAAAAUGGAAGGGGGGAAUGGAUAUUUCAGGCCCCAAAGUGCAGGGAGAUAUGAAAGGUUCAAAAGUUGACAUCACAUGUCCAGAUUUAGAUGUUGAUAGUAAAGUGAAAGCUCCAAAAAUUAAGUUUCCUAAGGUAGCUACAUCUGAUCUUAGUUUAAAAGGGCCAGAUGUGAAAGCUGAUAUAAAGGUUCCCGAUGUUGAUCUGGAAGUUCCAGAUGUUGAUUUGAAAGGUCCAGAUGGAAAACUAAAGAUGCCAAAGUUUAAGUUGCCAAAAUUUGGCAUGUCAGGGCAAAAAAUGGAUGGCCCAGAUGUGAAUGCGAAACUUCCAGAAGCUGGUAUUGAUUUAUCAGGUCCAAAUGUAAAUAUUGGGGCUCCAGAGUUAGAAUUUGAAGGUCCAGAAGGUAAAGUGAAGGGUCAAACAUUUAAGAUGCCAUCAAUGAAUGUUAACUUGCCAAAAGUGUCCAUGCCAGAUGUUGACCUCAAUCUUAAAGGUCCCAAAUGGAGGGGAGGGGCUGAUAUUUCAGGUCCUAAAUUGGAAGGUGAUAUAAAAGUUCCAGAAGUAGAAAUGAAAGGUCCAGAUAUUAGCCUUGAGGCACCAGAUAUUGACAUUCAGGGUUCAGAUGGCAAAUUAAAGAUGCCUAAAUUUAAAAUGCCUAAGUUUGGUGUUUCAGGAUCUAAACUAGAAGGUCCAGAAAUAGAUGUUAAGCUUUCAAAAGGCAACAUUGAUUUAUCAGGUCCCAAGGCAGACAUAUCAACUGCAGAUAUUGAUAUUGAAAUCCCAGAGAGUAAAUUUAAGGGUAGCAAAUUUAAAAUGCCAUCAAUGAAUGCUAAUUUUCCUGAGGUCUCCAUGCCUGAUGUGAACUUGAAUUUAAAAGGUCCAAAAUGGAAGGGUGGAGUGGAUAUCUCAGCCCCAAAAUUAGAGGGAGAUAUGAAAAGGCCAGAGGUUGACAUCAAGGGUUCAGAGGUUGAUGUUGAGAUUCCAAAAUUAGAUGUUGAUGGGAAAGUAAAAGGUCCCAAACUGAAGAUGCCCUUAGUGAAUCUCCCUAAAGUUUCUAUGCCUGACAUUGAUCUGCACAUGAAAAGUCCCAGCCUGAAAGGGGACAUAGAUGUGUCUAUCCCAAAAGUGGAAACAGAUAUAAAAGGUCCGAAACUUGAAAUGCCAGAUGUUGAUUUGGAAGGACCGGAAGGGAAAAUUAAAAUGCCUAGAUUUAAAAUGCCUAAAUUUGGCAUUUCCGGGUCUAAAGCAGAAGCACCAGAUAUUGAUAUACAAAUCCCAAAAAGUGAGUUAGAGGUUAAAGCAGCAGAAGUAGAUAUUGAGGGUCCAGAAGCAAAUCUGAAAGGCCCCAAAUUUAAUAUGCCAUCAAUGAAUGUCAGUUUACCAAAAGUUUCCAUGCCUGAUGUUGACCUAAAUUUGAAAGGUUCCAAAUGGAAGGGUGGAGCUGACAUUUCAGGUCCUAACUUAGAGGGAGAUCUGAAGGGCCCAGAGCUUGAACUCGAGUCUCCAGACAUAAAUGUAAGUCAGAAGGUUAAUGGCUCUAAAUUCAAGAUUCCAAAAAUGAAUCUACCUAAAGUGUCCAUGCCGGAUUUUGAUCUAAAUUUAAAAGGCCCCAACUGGAAAGGAAGUGCAGAUAUGUCAGUCCACAAAGUAGAAGGAUCAGAUAUAGAUGUUAAACUUCCUAAAAGAGAAAUUGACAUUUCAGGUCCAAAAGUAGAUAUUGAAACUCCAGAUAUAAACAUCCAAGGGCCAGAUGGCAAAGUAAAGGGACCAACUUUUAAAAUGCCAUCAAAGAAUAUUAAUUUACCAAAAGUGGCAAUGCCUGAUGUUGAUUUGAACUUGAAAGGGUCCAACUGGAAAGGGGAUGUUGAUGUAUCUGUCCCUAAAAUAGAGAAAGAUUUUAAAGGUCCAAAAAUGGAUUUUAAAGUUCCAGAUCUUGAUUUAGAAACCCCAAAUGUUGACGUGGAAGGCCCAGAAGGAAAAAUAAAAAUGCCCAAAUUUAAAAUGCCCAAAUUUGGGUUUUCAGGACCAAAAGUUGAAGGUCUGAAUGUUGAUGUUGGUAUUCCAAAGGAGGAAAUUGAUAUAUCUGGUCAAAUGAACAUUGAAGCUCCAGAUUUAGAUAUAGAAGGGCCAGAGGGCAAACUAAAGAGUUCUAAAUUAAAAAUGCCCUCCAUGAAUGCUAAUUUACCUAAAAUGUCAAUGCCUGAUGUUGACUUUAAUCUUAAAUCCCCAAAAAUAAAAGGGGAAGCAGACAUUUCAGCACCUAAAUUAGGAGAGGUAUCAGGUCCAGGAGUUGACAUAAAAGGCGCAGAAUGUGAUUGGGAAGUUCCAGAUUUAGAGAUAGAAGGUCCUGAUGGGAAAGGAAAAAUGAAAAUGCCUAAAUUUCAUCUACCAAAGUUUGGUUUCUCUGGCCCUAAGGUAGAAAGUCCAGAUGUGGAUUUAAAACUUCCAAAUGCAGACCUUUCUAUAUCUGGACCUAAAGUAAAAAUAGAAACUCCAGAAAUUGAUGUUGAAGGACCAGAAGGGAACAUUAAAGGCUCAAAAUUUAAAAUGCCCUCAAUUAAUCUUACAAAAAUGUCUAUGCCUGAUGUUGACCUUAAUCUUAGAAGUCCUAAAUGGAAAGGGGGGGCUGAUGUCUCAGCACCCAAAUUAGAACGAGAUUUAAAAGGUCCAGAGAUUGACAUAAAAGGUGGUAAAGUUGAUGUUGAUACUCCAGAAUUAGAUAUAGAAGGACCAGAAGUGAAAGGAAAAAUGAAGAUGCCCAAAUUCAAUCUACCAAAAUUUAGCCAUUCAGGCCCUAAAGUAGUAGGUCCAGAAGUAGACAUUAAACUUCCAAAAGGAGAUCUUGAGGUUUCAGGGCCAAAUGUAGAUAUUGGAGCUCCAGAUAUAGAUAUAGAAUGCCCAGAGGGUAAAGUAAAAGGACCUAGAUUUAAGAUUCCCUCAAUGAACGAUAAUUUACCCAAAGUUUCUAUGCCUGACAUUGACAUUAAUUUAAAAGGUCCAAAAGUGAAAGGAGAAUUGAAAGGUCCCUCAGUUGAUAUUGAAACACCAGAUGUAGAGGGCUUAGAGGUUAAAGGUAAAAGUCCUAAAUUCAAGAUGCCAUCUAUGAAUGUUAAUUUACCUAAAGUAUCAAUGCCUGGUAUGGACUUUAACUUGAAAGGUCCAAAACUAAGGGGAGAGACCGAUCUGUCUGGUACCAAACUUGAAGGUGAUCUGGAAGGUCCAGACAUUGAUGUGAAAGGUCCAGAAAUCAAUCUUGAGGCUCCAGAUAUUGAAAUUCCUGAAGGAAAGGGGAAAUUCAAGAUGCCCAAAUUCCAUAUGCCAAAGUUUGGAUUCUCAAGCCAUAAAGUUGAGAGCCCAGAUAUUGAUAUUAAAGUCCCAAAAGGUGAUAUAGAUAUUUCUGCUCCAAAGGUAGAUGUUGAUGCUCCAGAAGUUGAUAUUGAGGGUCCAGAAGGGAAAGUGAAAGGUAAAUUCAAGAUGCCCUCAAUGUAUCUCCCUCAAGUGUCUAUGCCUGAUGUUGACCUGAAUCUGAAAGGUCCCAAGUGGAAAGGGGGGGCAGAUAUGUCAGGGCCAAAAUUAGAAGGAGACCUAAAAUGUGCUGAGAUUGAUGUGAAAGGACCAGAACUUGAUAUUGAGGCCCCAGAUAUAGAUAUUGAUGCAAAAGGAAAAUUUAAAAUGCCGAAAUUCCAGAUGCCAAAAUUUGGAUUUUCUGGUCCCAAAGUUGAAGGUCCAGAUAUUAAUGUCAAUUUGCCAAAAGGUGACCUUGACUUAUCUGCUCCAAAGGUAAAUGUUGAAGGGCUAGAUGUUGAUAUUGAGUGUCCAGAAGGGAACGUUAAAGGUCCUAAGUUUAAAAUGCCUUCAAUAAAUAUAAACAUGCCUAAAGCAUCUAUGCCAGAUGUUGACUUGAAUCUAAAGGGGCCCAAAUGGAAAGGAGGGGCCAAUAUUUCUGGACCUAAAGUAGAAGGAGAAUUAAGAGGACCAGAAUUAGACAUUGAGGCUCCUGAAUUGGACAUUGAGGGCCCAGAUGGCAAAAUUAAAGGUCCUAAAUUCGAAAUGCCCUCAUUGGAUCGUCCUAAAGUGUCCAUGCCAGAUUUUGAUUUAAAUCUGAAAGGACCUAAGUUGAAAGGAGAUGCUGAUAUUUCAGUACCCAAAAUAGAAGGAGAAUUAAAAGCACCAGAACUAGACAUUGAAGCUCCAGAAAUUGAUAUUGAAGGACCAGAUGGUAAAAUAAAAGGUUCCAAAUUCAAAAUGCAUCUCCCAAAAAUGUCCAUGCCUGAUUUUGAUUUAAAUCUGAAAGGACCUAAGCUGAAGGGAGAUGCUGAUAUUUCAGUACCCAAGGUAGAAGGAGAAUUAAAAGGGUCAGAUGGCAAAGUAAUGGGAUCAACUUUUAAAAUGCCAUCAAUGAAUAUUAAUUUACCAAAAGUGGCAAUGCCUGAUGUUGAUUACAAUCUGAAAGGCCCUAAGUGGAAGGGUCAGACUGAAAUUUCAGGUCCUAAAGGUCUGAAUGUUGAUGUUGGUAUUCCAAAGGAGGAAAUUGAUAUAUCUGGUCAAAUGAACAUUGAAGCUCCAGAUUUAAAUAUAGAAGGGCCAGAGGGCAAACUAAAGGGUUCUAAAUUUAAAAUGCCCUCCAUUAAUGUUAAUUUACCUAAAAUGUCAAUGCCUGAUGUUGACUUUAAUCUUAAAUCCCCAAAAAUAAAAGGGGAAGCAGACAUUUCAGGUCCUAAAUUAGGAGAGGUAUCAGGUCCAGGAGUUGACAUAAAAGGCACAGAAUGUGAUUGGGAAGUUCCAGAUUUAGAGAUAGAAGGUCCUGAUGGGAAAGGAAAAAUGAAAAUGCCUAAAUUUCAUCUACCAAAGUUUGGUUUCUCUGGCCCUAAAGUAGAAAGUCCAGAUGUGGAUUUAAAACUUCCAAAAGGAGACCUUUCUAUAUCUGGACCUAAAGUAAAAAUAGAAACUCCAGACAUUGAUGUUGAAGGACCAGAAGGGAACAUUAAAGGCUCAAAAUUUAAAAUGCCCUCAAUUAAUCUUACAAAAAUGUCUAUGCCUGAUGUUGACCUUAAUCUUAGAAGUCCUAAAUGGAAAGGGGGGGCUGAUGUCUCAGCACCCAAAUUAGAACGGGACUUAAAAGGUCCAGAGAUUGACAUAAAAGGUGGGAAAGUUGAUGUUGAUGCUCCAGAAUUAGAUAUAGAAGGACCAGAAGUGAAAGGAAAAAUGAAGAUGCCCAAAUUCAAUCUACCAAAAUUUAGCCAUUCAGGCCCUAAAGUAGUAGGUCCAGAAGUAGACAUUAAACUUCCAAAAGGAGAUCUUGAGUUUUCAGGGCCAAAUGUAGAUAUUGGAGCUCCAGAUAUAGAUAUAGAAUGCCCAGAGGGUAAAGUAAAAGGUCCUAGAUUUAAUAUUCCCUCAAUGAACGUUAAUUUACCCAAAGUUUCUAUGCCUGACAUUGACAUUAAUUUAAAAGGUCCAAAAGUGGAAGGAGAAUUGAAAGGUCCCUCAGUUGAUAUUGAAACACCAGAUGUAGAGGGCUUAGAGGUUAAAGGUAAAAGUCCUAAAUUCAAGAUGCCAUCUAUGAAUGUUAAUUUACCUAAAGUAUCAAUGCCUGGUAUGGACUUUAACUUGAAAGGUCCAAAACUAAGAGGAGAGACCGAUCUGUCUGGUACCAAACUUGAAGGUGAUCUGGAAGGUCCAGACAUUGAUGUGAAAGGUCCAGAAAUCAAUCUUGAGGCUCCAGAUAUUGAAAUUCCUGAAGGAAAGGGGAAAUUCAAAAUGCCCAAAUUCCAUAUGCCAAAGUUUGGAUUUUCAAGCCAUAAAGUUGAGAGCCCAGAUAUUGAUAUUAAUGUCCCAAAAGGUGAUAUUGAUAUUUCUGCUCCAAAGGUAGAUGUUGAUGCUCCAGAAGUUGAUAUUGAGGGUCCAGAAGGGAAAGUGAAAGGUAAAUUCAAGAUGCCCUCAAUGUAUCUCCCUCAAGUGUCUAUGCCUGAUGUUGACCUGAAUCUGAAAGGUCCCAAGUGGAAAGGGGGGGCAGAUAUGUCAGGGCCAAAAUUAGGAGACCUAAAAUGUGCUGAGAUUGAUGUGAAAGGACCAGAACUUGAUAUUGAGGCCCCAGAUAUAGAUAUUGAUGCAAAAGGAAAAUUUAAAAUGCCGAAAUUCCAGAUGCCAAAAUUUGGAUUUUCUGGUCCCAAAGUUGAAGGCCCAGAUAUUAAUGUCAAUUUGCCAAAAGGUGACCUUGACUUAUCUGCUCCAAAGGUAAAUGUUGAAGGGCUAGAUGUUGAUAUUGAGCGUCCAGAAGGGAACGUUAAAGGUCCUAAGUUUAAAAUGCCUUCAAUAAAUAUAAACAUGCCUAAAGCAUCUAUGCCAGAUGUUGACUUGAAUCUAAAGGGGCCCAAAUGGAAAGGAGGGGCCAAUAUUUCUGGAGAUGCUGAUAUUUCAGUACCCAAAAUAGGAGAAUUUAAAGCACCAGAACUAGACAUUGAAGCUCCAGAAAUUGAUAUUGAAGGACCAGAUGGUAAAAUAAAAGGUUCCAAAUUCAAAAUGCAUCUCCCAAAAAUGUCCAUGCCUGAUUUUGAUUUAAAUCUGAAAGGACCUAAGCUGAAGGGAGAUGCUGAUAUUUCAGUACCCAAGGUAGAAGGAGAAUUGAAAGGACCAGAAUUAAACCUUGAGGGACCAGAAAUAGAUUGUGAAGGCCCUGAUGGUAAAAUAAAAGGUCCUAAGUUUAAAAUGCCAUCAAUGAAUAUAAACAUGCCAAAAGUAUCUAUGCCAGAUGUUGACCUGAAUAUGAAGGGGCCCAAGUGGAAAGGAGGGGCUGAUAUUUCCGGGCCAAAACUUGAAGGAAACCUUAAAGGUCCAAAAUUAGACAUUGAAGCUCCUGAGUUGGACAUUGAGGGCCCAGAUGGCAAAAUAAAAGGUUCCAAAUUCAAAAUGCAUCUCCCAAAAAUGUCCAUGCCUGAUUUUGAUUUAAAUCUGAAAGGACCUAAGCUGAAGGGAGAUGCUGAUAUUUCAGUACCCAAGGUAGAAGGAGAAUUGAAAGGACCAGAAUUAAACCUUGAGGGACCAGAAAUAGAUUGUGAAGGCCCUGAUGGUAAAAUAAAAGGUCCUAAGUUUAAAAUGCCAUCAAUGAAUAUAAACAUGCCAAAAGUAUCUAUGCCAGAUGUUGACCUGAAUAUGAAGGGGCCCAAGUGGAAAGGAGGGGCUGAUAUUUCCGGGCCAAAACUUGAAGGAAACCUUAAAGGUCCAAAAUUAGACAUUGAAGCUCCUGAGUUGGACAUUGAGGGCCCAGAUGGCAAAAUAAAAGGUUCCAAAUUCAAAAUGCAUCUCCCAAAAAUGUCCAUGCCUGAUUUUGAUUUAAAUCUGAAAGGACCUAAGCUGAAGGGAGAUGCUGAUAUUUCAGUACCCAAGGUAGAAGGAGAAUUGAAAGGACCAGAAUUAAACCUUGAGGGACCAGAAAUAGAUUGUGAAGGCCCUGAUGGUAAAAUAAAAGGUCCUAAGUUUAAAAUGCCGUCAAUGAAUAUAAACAUGCCAAAAGUAUCUAUGCCAGAUGUUGACCUGAAUAUGAAGGGGCCCAAGUGGAAAGGAGGGGCUGAUAUUUCUGGGCCAAAACUUGAAGGAAACCUUGAAGGUCCAAAAUUAGACAUUGAAGCUCCUGAGUUGGACAUUGAGGGCCCAGAUGGCAAAAUAAAAGGUUCCAAAUUCAAAAUGCAUCUCCCAAAAAUGUCCAUGCCUGAUUUUGAUUUAAAUCUGAAAGGACCUAAGCUGAAGGGAGAUGCUGAUAUUUCAGUACCCAAGGUAGAAGGAGAAUUGAAAGGACCAGAUUUAAACCUUGAGGGACCAGAAAUAGAUUGUGAAGGCCCUGAUGGUAAAAUAAAAGGUCCCAAGUUUAAAAUGCCGUCAAUGAAUAUAAACAUGCCAAAAGUAUCUAUGCCAGAUGUUGACCUGAAUAUGAAGGGGCCCAAGUGGAAAGGAGGGGCUGAUAUUUCCGGGCCAAAACUUGAAGGAAACCUUAAAGGUCCACAAUUAGAUAUUGAAGCUCCUGAGUUGGACAUUGAGGGCCCAGAUGGCAAAAUAAAAGGUUCCAAAUUCAAAAUGCAUCUCCCAAAAAUGUCCAUGCCUGAUUUUGAUUUAAAUCUGAAAGGACCUAAGUUGAAGGGAGAUGCUGAUAUUUCAGUACCCAAUGUAGAAGGAGAAUUGAAAGGACCAGAAUUAAACCUUGAGGGACCAGAAAUAGAUUGUGAAGGCCCUGAUGGUAAAAUAAAAGGUCCCAAGUUUAAAAUGCCGUCAAUGAAUAUAAACAUGCCAAAAGUAUCUAUGCCAGAUGUUGACCUGAAUAUGAAGGGGCCCAAGUGGAAAGGAGGGGCUGAUAUUUCCGGGCCAAAACUUGAAGGAAACCUUAAAGGUCCACAAUUAGAUAUUGAAGCUCCUGAGUUGGACAUUGAGGGCCCAGAUGGCAAAAUAAAAGGUUCCAAAUUCAAAAUGCAUCUCCCAAAAAUGUCCAUGCCUGAUUUUGAUUUAAAUCUGAAAGGACCUAAGUUGAAGGGAGAUGCUGAUAUUUCAGUACCCAAGGUAGAAGGAGAGUUGAAAGGACCAGAAUUAAACCUUGAGGGACCAGAAAUAGAUUGUGAAGGCCCUGAUGGUAAAAUAAAAGGUCCUAAGUUUAAAAUGCCGUCAAUGAAUAUAAACAUGCCAAAAGUAUCUAUGCCAGAUGUUGACCUGAAUAUGAAGGGGCCCAAGUGGAAAGGAGGGGCUGAUAUUUCCGGGCCAAAACUUGAAGGAAACCUUAAAGGUCCACAAUUAGAUAUUGAAGCUCCUGAGUUGGACAUUGAGGGCCCAGAUGGCAAAAUAAAAGGUUCCAAAUUCAAAAUGCAUCUCCCAAAAAUGUCCAUGCCUGAUUUUGAUUUAAAUCUGAAAGGACCUAAGUUGAAGGGAGAUUCUGAUAUUUCAGUACCCAAGGUAGAAGGAGAAUUGAAAGGACCAGAAUUAAACCUUGAGGGACCAGAAAUAGAUUGUGAAGGCCCUGAUGGUAAAAUAAAAGGUCCUAAGUUUAAAAUGCCGUCAAUGAAUAUAAACAUGCCAAAAGUAUCUAUGCCAGAUGUUGACCUGAAUAUGAAGGGGCCCAAGUGGAAAGGAGGGGCUGAUAUUUCCGGGCCAAAACUUGAAGGAAAUCUUAAAGGUCCAAAAUUAGACAUUGAAGCUCCUGAGUUGGACAUUGAGGGCCCAGAUGGCAAAAUAAAAGGUUCCAAAUUCAAAAUGCAUCUCCCAAAAAUGUCCAUGCCUGAUUUUGAUUUAAAUCUGAAAGGACCCAAGCUGAAGGGAGAUGCUGAUAUUUCAGUACCCAAAUUAGAAGGAGAAUUGAAAGGACCAGAAUUAAACAUUGAGGCACCAGAAAUAGACAUUGAAGGCCCAGAUGGCAAAAUAAAAGGUCCUAAAUUUAAAAUGCCCUCAGUACCAAAAAUAGGAGAAUUAAAAGGACCAGAAGUUGAUAUUCAGAUGCCAGACGUUGAUAUUGAUGGACAUGACGGUAAACUAAAAAUGCCCAAGUUUAAAAUGCCUAAGUUUGGUUUUUCUGGACCCAGAAUUGAAAGCCCAGAUAUUGAUGUCAAUCUUCCAAAAAGUGAAGUUGACUUUUCUGGCCCUAAAAUAGAUGUUGACGUUCCAAGCUUAGACCUCGAUGGUCCAGAAGGAAAGCUGAAGGGUUCUAAAUUCAUGCUUCCCUCCAUGAAUGUUAAUUUACCAAAAAUGUCAAUGCCUGAUAUUGACUUGAAUUUGAAAGGUCCUAAGUUGAAAACAGAAGCUGACAUAUCAGGACCUGCAAUUGAGGGGGUCCUGAAAGGUCCCACGCUAGAUCUUAAUGCUCCAGAACUGGAUAUUGAGGGCCCUGAAGGGAAAGUAAAAGGUCCCAAAUUUAAAAUGCCCUCUAUGCAUGUCAAUUUACCUCAAGUGUCAAUGCCUGACUUUGACCUCAACCUGAAAAAUCCGAAGUUAAAGGGUGGAUUAGAUGUUUCUGGUCCAAAUCUUGAAGGAGAUUUAAAAGGAUCAGACUUUGACAUAAAAGCUCCAGAAAUUGAUUUAGAAGCACCAGAUGCUAGCCUAGAUGGCAAAUUUAAAAUGCCUAAAUUUAAAAUGCCUAAGUUUGGUUUCUCUGGGCCUAAAAUGGAAGGUCCAGAUGCAGAUAUUAAGCUUCCACAUGGUGAUGUUGACAUUUCUUGUCCAAAUGUAAAUAUUAAAACACCAGAUCUAGACAUUGAGGACCCAGAUGGAAAAUUAAAGGGUUCUAAGUUUAAAAUGACCUCAAUGAAUGUAAACUUACCAAAAGUAUCCAUGCCUGACCUUGACCUAAAUCUUAAGGGUCCCAAAAUAAAAGGCGAAGUAAAUUUACCUGUUGCAAAUAUAGAAGCUGAUUUGAAGGCUCCUAAAGUUGAAAUGAAGGGAACAGAAAUUGAUGUUCCUAGUCCAAGCUUGUCUGUAGAAGUACCUGAAGGGAAAGUGAAAGGCUCCAAAUUCAAAUUACCCUCAUGGGGAUUUUCAAAACCCAGUGUUUCCAUGCCAGAUGUUGACCUCAAUGUGAAGGGUGGUAGCGUCAAAACCCCUGAUGUGGACAUCAGUGGUCCAAAAGUGGAUGUUGAAAUACCUGAUGCAAAGGUUAAAAAAUCAAAGUUUAAGCUGCCCAAAUUUAAUUUUUCAGGUUCUAAAAGCCAAUCAGCUUCUGUAGAUGUGAAACUUCCCAAAGCUGACCUAGAUAUAAGUGGCCCUGAUAUGGAUAUUCCAAAUGUGGAAGCUAAAGGUAAAAGUCCCAAAUUUAAAAUGCCUUCAUUAAACAUAACAGGUCCAAAAAUGUCAAUGCCAGAUGUUGAAUUAAAUCUCAAAGGAGCAAAGCUGAAAGGUGAUGUGGACGCCCCAGUUCCUAAACUUGAAGGUAACAUAAAGGGUCCACAACUUGAUAUUAAAACACCAGAUAUAGAUCUUGAGACUCCAGAUAUAGAUACAGAAGCAAAGGGAAAACUAAAGAUGCCAAAGUUUAGCCUUCCCAAAUUUGGAUUUUCUGGACAUAAAGUGGAAGUGCCAGAUAUUGAUGUUAAAUUACCAAAGGGUAACAUUGAUAUUUCAGCUCCAGAAUUAGACACUGACCUUAGUCUGAAGGCUCCAAAUUUGGAAGCUGAUAUAAAAGCUCCACAAAUUGAUCUUGAAGGUCCAGAUGUCACAAUUGAUGGGAAAAUGAAAGGCCCCAAAUUUAAGAUGCCCUUAAUGAAUCUUCCUAAAAUGUCAAUGCCUGAAAUUGAUUUGAAUCUUAAAGGUCCCAACUGGAAAGGGGAUGUUGAUCUGUCUGUCCCAAAAGUUGAAGGAAAUGUGAAAGGUCCAAAAGUGGAUAUCAAGGGUCCAAAUGUUGAUGUUGAAAUGCCAAAUGUUGAUUUGGAUGGGCCAGAAGGAAAACUGAAAAUGCCCAAAUUUAAAAUGCCCAAGUUCGGUUUUUCUGGUCCUAAAUUUGAGGGCCCAGAUGUUGAUCUAAACUUGCCAAAAGGCGACCUUGACAUAUCUUGUCCAAAAGUAGAUCUUGAAGCUCCAGGUUUAGAUAUAGAAGGGCCUGAGUUCAAAGGUAAGGAUUCAAAAUUCAAGAUGCCUUCAAUGAAUUUUAACCUACCUAAAAUGUCUAUGCCUGACUUUGACCUAAAUUUAAAAGGUCCAAAAGGACCUAAGCUUGAAGGCAAUCUUAAAGGACUAGAAUUAAAUGUUGAUGCACCAGAAAUUGACAUUGAAGGCCCAGAAGGAAAGGUAAAGGGCCCAAAAUUCGAAAUGCCAUCAAUGAAUGUUAACUUACCCAGUGUAUCUAUGCCUGACUUUGAUCUUAAUUUAAAGGGAACCAAAUUAAAGGGAGGUGCUGACAUCUCAGGCCCUAAGCUAGAGUGUGAUCUGAAAGGUUCAGAAGUAAACAUUGAAGCACCAGACCUGGAUAUAGAAGGUCCAGAAGGAAAGGGAAAACUGAAAAUGCCAAAAUUCAGUCUACCAAAAUUUGGUGUGUCUGGCGCCAAAAUGGAAGCACCAGAUGUGGACCUAAAUCUGCCAAAUGCAGAUAUUGAUGUUUCUGGGCCAAAACUAGACAUUGAUGCUCCAGAGAUUGAUGUAGAUGGAAAAAUUAAAGGCUCUAAGUUCAAGAUGCCUUUAAUGAAUGUGAAUUUGCCAAACAUUUCUAUGCCUGACAUUGACCUGAAUUUGAAAGGCCCAAAAUGGAAAGGAGGGGCAGAUAUUUCAGGGCCUAAGAUAGAGGGAGAUCUGAAAGGUCCAGAAUUGAAUAUUGACACUCCAGAAAUAGACAUUGAGGGUCCAGAAGGCAAGAUUAAAGGUUCAAAAUUCAAAAUGCCAUCCAUGAAUAUGAACCUUCCUAAUGUAUCUAUGCCUGACAUUGAUCUUAAUCUUAAAGGCCCUAAAUUAAAAGGAGGUGCUAAAAUAUCAGACCCGAAGUUAGAAGGUGAUCUAAAAUGUCCAGAUAUUGACAUGGAAGCCCCAGAUAUAGACAUAGAAGGCCCAGAAGGGAAGGGAAAACUGAAAAUGCCCAAAUUCGGUCUUCCUAAGUUUGGUUGGUCUGGCCCUAAAAUUGAAGGACCAGAUGUGGACAUAAAUCUGCCAAAGGGAGGUGUUGAUAUUUCUGGGCCAAACAUGGAUAUUGAUGCUCCAGAGGUCGAUGUAGAUGGAAAAGUAAAGGGCUCUAAAUUCAAGAUGCCUUCGAUGAAUGUAAACUUACCAAACGUUUCCAUGCCUGAUAUUGACCUGAAUUUGAAAGGUCCAAAGUGGAAAGGCGGAGCAGAUAUUUCAGGACCCAAGUUGGAGGGAGAUCUGAAAGGACCAGAGUUAAAUCUUGAAGCUCCAGAAAUAGACAUUGAGGGCCCAGAAGGCAAAAUAAAAGGAUCCAAAUUCAAGAUGCAUUCAAUGAAUGUUAACCUACCUAGUGUAUCUAUGCCUGACUUUGAUCUUAACUUAAAAGGUCCCAAAUUAAAGGGAAGUGCUGACAUAUCAGGACCUAAACUAAAGGGGGACCUGAAAGGACCAGAAGUAAACAUUGAGGCACCAGACCUAGAUAUAGAAGGCCCAGAAGGAAAGGGAAAACUGAAGAUGCCCAAAUUCAGUCUUCCAAAAUUUGGUGUGUCUGGCCCUAAAAUUGAAGGACAUGAUGUGGACAUAGAUCUGCCAAAAGCAGGCAUUGAUAUCUCUGGACCAAAGGUAGACUUUGAUACUCCAGAGAUUGAUGUAGAUGGAAAAGUGAAGGGUUCUAAAUUUAAGAUGCCUUCAAUGAAUGUGCAUUUACCAAAAGUCUCCAUGCCUGACAUUGACAUGAACUUGAAAGGUCCAAACUGGAAAGGAGGAGGAAACAUAUCAGGACCUAAGAUAGAGGGUGAUCUAAAAGGGCCAGGAUUAAAUGUUGAUGCUCCAGAAAUAGAUUUUGAUAGUCCAGAAGGCAAAAUAAAAGGAUCCAAAUUCAAGAUGCAUUCAAUGAAUGUUAACCUACCUAGUGUAUCUAUGCCUGACUUUGAUCUUAACUUAAAAGGUCCAAAAUUAAAGGGAAGUGCUGACAUAUCAGGACCUAAACUAGAGGGGGAUCUGAAAGGCCCAGAGGUAAACAUUGAGGCACCAGACCUAGAUAUAGAAGGCCCAGAAGGAAAGGGAAAAAUGAAAAUGCCGAAAUUCAAUCUUCCAAAAUUUGGUGUGUCUGGCCCUAAAUUUGAAGGUCCAGAUGUGGACAUAAGUCUGCCAAAAGGAGAUUUUGAUAUUUCUGGGCCAAAGGUAAACAUUGAUGCUCCAGAGGUUGAUAUAGAUGGAAAAGUGAAGGGUCCCAAAUUCAAGAUGCCUUCAAUUAAUGUGAAUUUGCCAAAGGUCUCUAUGUCUGACAUAGAUCUGAAUUUAAAAGGUCCAAAGUGGAAAGGAGGAGCAGACAUAUCAGGACCUAAGAUAGAGGGAGAACUGACAGGACCAGACAUGCCUGACAUUGACUUUAAUCUCAAAGGCUCCAAAUUAAAAGGAGGAGCUGACAUAUCAGCUCCCAAGUUAGAAGGUGAUCUGAAAGGUCCAGAAAUUCACAUUGAGGCUCCAGAUAUUGACAUAGAAGGCCCAGAAGGGAAGGGAAAACUAAAAAUGCCCAAAUUCGGUUUUCCCAAAAUUGGUUUGUCUGGCCCCAGAAUUGAAGGAACAGAUGUGGACAUAAAUCUGCCAAAGGGAGGUGUUGAUAUUUCCGGCCCAAAUGUGGAUAUUGAUGCUCCAGAUGUUGAUUUAGAUGGAAAAGUAAAAGGCUCUAAAUUCAAGAUGCCUUCAAUGAAUGUGAAUUUACCUAAAGUAUCUAUGCCUGACAUUGACCUGAAUUUGAAAGGUCCAAAGUGGAAAGGUGGAGCAGAUAUUUCAGGGCCGAAAAUAGAAGGAAAUUUGAUGGGUCCAGAAAUAGACUUAACAGGCCCAGUUAAUAUUGAGGCUCCUGAUAUAGAUCUGGAAGGUCCAGAAGGAAAACUAAAAAUGCCCAGAUUUAAAAUGCCUAAAUUUGGCAUCUCUGGGACAAAAAUAGAAGGGCCUGAUGUAGAUGCUAACUUGCCAACAGGUGAAUUGGAAUUUUCUGGUGCAAAGGUUAAUAUUGAGGCUCCAGAUUUAGAGAUUGCAGGCCCAGAAGGAAAAGUUAAGGGCUCUAAAUUUAAGAUGCCAUCAAUGAAUGUAAAUUUACCAAAAGUAUCUAUGCCAGAAUUUGACAUGAAUGUAAAAGGCCCCAAGUUUAAGGGAGGGGCAGAUAUUUCAACCCCAAAACUAGAAGGUGACAUGGAUUUGAAGGCACCUAAAUUGAAGGGAGGAAUUGAUCUUAAUGUAUCAAAUAUUGAGGGAGAUUUCAAAGCUCCUUCAAUUGACAUGAAUGUGCCUGAUGUUAACCUAGAGACACCAGAUGUUAAUUUGAAAGGUCCAGGUAUUGAAAUUGACGGUCAAGAAGGUAGUCUAAAACUGCCAAAGAUGAAAAAAGCAAAGUUUGGUUUUGGUAUGAAAUCCCCAAAAGCUGAUUUGAAAGGACCAUCAUUAGAUGUGUCUGCUCCAGAUGUUGAACUAGAUACAGAAGCCCCAGAUAUAGGUAUUGAAACUAAAGGAAAGAAGGGUAAAUUUAAAAUGCCAAAAAUUCACAUGAGUGGCCCAAAAAUAAAAGGUAAAAAAGGAGGUUUUGAUGUAACCACCCCUGAGGGUGAGAUUGACAUGAACCUUGGUGUUCCUGAUGUAGAUGUAAACAUGUCAGGCGGAGAUGCAGCAUUAAAAUCUGAUCUUAAUAUAAAGGCACCUAAAACGCGCAAACCUCUCUUUGGAAAAAUUCAUUUUCCUGAUGUGGAGUUUGACAUAAAAUCUCCAAAAUUAAAAGGUGAUGUUUCCUUGCCCAGCCCUAAAGCAGACAUAAAAACUCCAGACUUAGAUAUUGGUGAAUUAAAGACACCAGACACAAAUGUAUCAUCUCCUGGGAUUAUCAUUGAUGGUCCAGAUGUAAAGUUGAAGAAACCUAAAUUUAAACUUCCAACAUUCAAUAUGUCAGCCCCAAAAAUAGAAGUUCCAGAUUCUGAUAUCAAUAUUUCAGGUCGAAAUAUAAAUGCUCCUAGCAUGGACGUAAAUCUGAGUGCACCAGACCUUAACCUUAAAGGACCUGGUAUUUCAAUAGAUACAUCUAUUCCAAAACUGUCCGGGCCAGAUGUAGACGUGAAUUUGCAAGGAUCAAAAGUAAAAGGGAAUAUGGAUAUCUCUGGAAAUUUGGACUGGGGUACUCCUGAUGUUGACAUUUCUGGAUCAGGUGGGAAGAUAACAUUUCCCAAGGUAAGUAUGCCUAAAUUUGGUAUCUCUGGCCCCUCAGUUGAAGGACCUGAUGUCAGCUUUGGGAAGGAAGAUUUGAACAUUAAAUCUAAAAUUGGGUUGCCUAGCAUGCAUGUAAAAGCUCCCGGAAUUAAGACACCAGAACUAGCUGGUAAUUUGGAAGGUACUUCUAUUGAAAUGUCAUCUCCUAAUGUUUCCGGCACUGAUUUUGAUAUGAAUUUGAAAGGACCAAAGAUUGAAGGUGAUUUGGGCAUUUCUGGAGCCUUGAAAGGACAUAAUGUUGGUAUUGGGUUACCAGGAAUUGGUAUAAAAAACUUAGAUGGUCAUAUUAAACAACCUCAAGUGGAACUGUCUGGGCCAAACUUUCAAGGGUCUGAUGUGAAGCUACUAAAGGGGGGUGUAUCUCUUUCAGGGCCAAAUGUGGAAAUGCCUAAUGUAUCUGCCAAAUUUAAAACUCCUGAUUUAAGUGUAAAGGGGACUUCUUUUCAGCUACCUAAUGUGUCCACUCCUGGGAUUGAUCUAAAUGUAAAAGACCCUAAAAUGCAUGGAGAUUUUUCAGUAGGCUCUCCAAGCCUUAGUAUGUCUGGACCCUCUAUUCAUGGCCAAAAUGCAGGCAUAAACAUUGGUCUCCCAAGUGAAAAUAUUGAUGCAGAUGGAGCACAGUGUAAGGGAGAUGUAAAAGGUCUUAAGUUUGGCAUGGGAAAACCUGAAAUUGAUUUUAGAAGUCAAGGAGAGACCUUAAAAGGAGACCUAAAUACUAAUAUAAGUGGAAAUAUUGAAGGAGCAUCGUUGAAGAUUAAAGGGCCAGGGGGGUUAAGUAUAGCAGGACCAAAGAUAGAAGGUGAUAUAAGUGGACCUAGAAUAGGUGGGCAGUUAGAUAGUGAUAUUGGAGCUUCACCAGUUAGAAUUACUUUCCCCAAACUGUUGAUGCCCAAAUUUUCAACCCCUGGACCAGAGUUGACUGGACGGGAGGUGGGAGUUGAUGUAGAUUUCCCUAAAGCAGGCAUGAGGACUGAACAUUCAGGCCAAAUUGAUGUGGAGUUAGAAGAAAGUGAGCUGAAAAUUAAGAAAUCAAAGAUAAAAAUGCCAAAGUUUAAUUUUUCUAAGGCAAAGGGUAAAACUGAUGCCAGUAUACCAGAUGUGUCAGUUUCAGGUUCAAAGGGUGAUUUGAAAAGCUCAAAAGCAAGUCUGGGUUCUGCUGAGGGGGGACUAGGUUCUGUUGGAUUAGAGGUUGAAGGGGGUAUGGGCAUUUCCCCAAAAGAAAAGUCACCAAAGUAUGAAUUUUCCUUAUUUACAAGCAAAAAACCAAGGCACAGGUCAUCCUCUUUUAGUGAGGAGAAGGAAGGAUCCACACAGUCCUCACCUAGUGGUACUUUGGAGUUAGGAGGUGGUGCUGUAUCUGUUGAAGGUAGCAAGAAAAAGGGGAAGCAUUCAAAGAUCAAAUUUGGCACCUUUGGUGGGUUAGGUUCAAAAUCCAAAGGCUCUUAUGAGGUCACACUUAGUGACGAUGAAAACGUCCAGGGGAGUGGAGCAUCAUUGGCGUCUCGAAAGUCCAGGGUCUCUUCCUCCUCAAGUAAUGACAGUGCCACCAAAGCAGGUAUACGGCUGCCAAAGGUGGAGCUAACUGUUGCUAAAAAGGAGUAGAUUCCUCUUCAUCACCCUAAAAAUGUGUAUAUAUAUAUAUAUAUAUCUGAGUGUUUGUACAUACAUUUUGCAGCCUUUACAUAAUGCUAACUUUCUGGGCUUUCUGGAGUAGAGAUAAAAGUCAAGGUAACAAAAAUAGAAUGAAAACCGAGAAAGAGAAAAAAAAAAAAAAGAAUCUGGCACUACAAAUUCCAUCUUAACCCCCUUCCUUGCCAGAGACUUGUACAUGCCAAGACAACUCUGGCAAGUAAGGGCUUUUACUGGCUAUUUUGAUAUAACAGUACAUGGAAAUAUAUUUUUCCAUAUAUUUUUUUUUUAACAUGCUUUUGCAGCUAAUGUUUUCUUUUUUUAGGGGCUUUAUUAAAAACACUGUAAAUUUACAUUGAACCAGGUAGACGACAGUAAAUCGGGGAAUUAUCAUUAAAAAAUGAAUGUUAUAAAAAAAAAAACCCAUAUAGUACCAGAUAUUUUUUUUUAAAAUACACAAUUUAUCCUGAAUUCUAUAUUCUAGAAGUAUUUCAUUUUCCUCUAUGGUGUAUUUUGUGUUGUCAUUGAGAUAUUCAUAUAAAAUAACCUGCCCAGUCAAUAAUAACUAAAGCCAACAGCAACAUUAAUUUCCAAAACAAACAGAAGCUGUUUUAUAAUAACAGGGAAUUUAUUUGUAUAUUUAUUCUUAAUUAUCUAAAUUGACCGAAAAAAAUAAAAUAAAAAAUCCUGGCAUGAACAAAUAGUAAAUAUAUAACAACCCUAUCACAACCAUAAAGAAAAUGAAACACUACUAGGAAAUCUAAGCUAAUAAACAUAUUUAUAUUUUUUUAUGCAAAAAAAAAAGAAAAAAGAAUUAUAAAACCAUGUUGGUGUAAGGUACAUUUGUAAGAUUUAAAACAUUUUUUGAGUAUUUUCUUACGCCAGUACAACUGAUUUGAAAAGUCUGAGGCUUUUUUUUUUAAAGCUGGAAAUGAUUGUGCGUGAGAAGGUAUUGAUCUGCAAAUAUCCCGCAUCUUUAUUUCUACGCACCUGAUACUUCCCUGAUACACGUUAUUUGUAAACGUUUCUGACCCAAUGGUUUGUACUAUAAAUAGUUUCCUAAUGAAAUUGUAAUAACCGAACCUGCGCUUGUUUUUGUGGGGUUUUUUUUGAAGGGGGGUUAUAAAUGAUAUUUGCUUUCAUUUCUGUAAAAAAAAAAAAAUUAAAUGUACAAAAAAAUGAAAUAAAACAUUUAACUUCAGAAAUCUAAAAGCACUUUAAUAGCAAAUCAUACUGGAGUGUUUGGAAGUGGACUGUUCCAAAGCAAAAUAAAGCUUUUAACUUUCACCAAA